GAUCGCGAAUCUAGACACAUCGUGAAGAUACAUUCGUCAGGAAACAUUUGUAUUAUUUCGCGAAUAUGUUUACGAAACGUAUAAAGAUCGCACAAUUACUGCUUUUGUACUGUGUCAUCGUACAAAGUUACAUCCCAGAUGAAAAAAGAUUGCAGGACCAAGACUUGUGUAAUAAUAGAAUUUUUGAUAGUGAAAUAGCAAAGGACGGUAAUAACGGUGAAACAUUCAAGAUGGAUAUCUAUCCUUACUUCUUCUUUUUAUAUAAAUGGAACAUUGUUGACACCUAUUCCUCACACACCGGACACAGGUCUUUCAAUAAUCAACCUUCAGUGCCCGUAGAAAAAAGUGACAAUAGAAAAGUGACAACAGUGAAAGGUCUAAAGAUAACCGUCGACGAAUUCAUAAAUCGCACUAAGUUGAUCGUAGCGCACAUAAAGAAAUUUCAAAAAGAUGCACAGGAUGCUGUUCCUAAUUUCCCUCAAAAUGUUGAAAAAGCCAACUUCGACACAUACCUUUUGUUUAAAUUCGUAAUGAUGAUACAUCAAUGGACCUCCGAUGUAAUAGUCCUAAAUACUGUCGGCAAAUCAUAUUACGAGGAGAUCUUAAAGCUUCCAAAAAGAUGUGUACCCCAUCAGGUACAGACUAACUACACACUGCAAGAUCGUAUAGUAAUGUCCUCUGAUAUCAUAAGCACCAUUGAAGCGAUCCAAAAUCGAUCUCAUACGAAAUCAAAGGAAUUAUCGGAGAAAAAGGGCUACGACACAAUGAAACGUAAUUCGAGAAAGGCCGAACUGCUUAUAAAACUUAUUAAAUCAAUCGUAUUUGAAUUAAACGAGAAACUAAAAUCUAAGGAAACUAUAAUAUCGUCACGUCUCAAUAAGGACAUAUUGAUGCUUCAAUUGUUCGCAUAUAAAUGGGUCCUUAAUAUACGUUAUCCGAAUAUCCGCAAAAAAUCUGUCAAUAAGAAAUCCCAGCCUCCACUGAAAGAUGAGUCUUCAUUGCCCAUGGAUAAAAAUGAUAACGGACCGACAGAUCAGGAGAAAAACGCCGCAGAUAUCUUGAAGCGCGAGAGUAGAUCGUCGACGACCGAGGGCAUCGAUGCUUCUACUAAAACGGAGUGCGAAUUCAAACAAAUCAUACAUCACACAUUAGAAAUGAAGCUAUUCACUUUCGCAAUGAUAUCACAUGAGUGGUUUACUUAUGAGGACAGUUCAGCUAUUAUUGGAGGAAAAUCUUUAAAUGACUUUCAGCUUCCACUGGAAGAUCAGUCUUUCUCAUUGCCCAUAGAAGAGAGCAGCACUGCACUAGAAGAUGACGAAAUAACCAUCAAGGAUUUCAUGAACAAUGUUAAAUUAACUAAACGUCAAAUAAACGAAAACUUAGAGAUAUUCGAGGAAACUAUAAUGGACACUGAUAACGAAUCCUCUCAAAAAUUACAAAAUGUCAGGAAACAUAUACAUGUCAAAAGAUCUAACGUUCAUUCAAUGAAGAGACACAUUAAAUUCCUUCGAUUACAGUACAGGUUGAUAAUAUAUCGUUGGGUUUCUAAUAUACUAAUUUACAAUACCAUUGGCAAAACGUCUCUCGGUAGCAUCUUUCCACAUUUACGGGAAUGUCAACCUAUGUUUCCUGUGAAAGAGACCAACGAGCAACUAAAAGAAUUUGAGGAAAUAAGUCGAGAAAUCAUUUAUUUCAUUCGAUUGAUCCAGACUUACAUACGGAUAACUGCCUUCAAAAUUUGAAGACAUUUAUACAACACAUACUGGCGAUGAGAAAAUAAUAUAUUCUUUAAAUAGUUUAAACAUAAUGAUUUCUCAAAGGAUUCAAAAUAUUCCGUUCAAUUUAUAUAUUGCGUUUAAUAUUAAGGAUCCAUUACUGCGAUUAUUGGAUUAUGG